AUUUGUUCGCGGAAGUGGCUUCUGUCGUGGAGGGAGGGAGGGAGGGAGGAGGAGGAAGGAAGGAAGGGGAGAGCAGAGAAGAAGUUUCAGAGUCAGCCCGUAUGAAAGUUAAUCUGAAGUGUUUGUGCGGAAUAAGAAGCUUCGAGCCUGUGAUCUGCUGCUGGAUGCAACUCAGCUGAAGUGGGUCUGCCAAGGAGGAGGAGGAGGAGGCACACAUCGAGGCGAAGGGAGGAAGAGAGCUGUCGAUUAACUGGGACACCGCACUUCUCCUCUCCACCUUUUCUCCUUUUUCUCUCAUUGUGGAUAAAGCCCUUUUUGUAGCGGUUGGGUUUUGGCUGCAUGGUAAUGAGUGGAGGACAGACAACCAGACAGAUGGAUGCAGCUCUUACGCCGAGCAAGACAGACAGAUGGCUGUGUGUCCUUCUGGGGAGAAACUUUGAAUCCUGAGACAAAGAGACAUUGAAGGAAUCACUAGAGCCUGUGUGGACUGUCGUGGACAUAAAAACUGACGCUGCAGAUUCAUCAUGGAGCUUGUCCCCAAAACCAAGUACACACACUUUCGGAGUGAAUCGCUGAGCUCAAACGAUGAAACAAACUCCAAUCCGUCACCGUUCCCUCCGUCCAGUCCUGCCACCCCACUCACUCCAUCCCCUGGUUUACCUUCUUCUCUCUCCUCCUCAUCUCUCACCCCCAUCUUACCCCCCACUUCUCCCCGGCGAGCUGAGAACAGCCCCACCACCCUCUGCUCCUUCUUCCCCAGGAUGGGAUCCCUGCGUCUCGGUGUCUCCACCAAUCUUCUCCCAGGACUCAAGGCCUCGAGCAGGCUGCAGCAGCCCCACGCGCCUGUUGAGUCCUCUUGGGAUGACAGGGGCAGCUCUAGCUCCUCCUCUCCGCUGCUUCACCCUGUUCCCCCUCUAAUUGCUCCUUCUCCUCCUCCCCGACCUCCUCUGCAGGACAUGAACCGGCUGGGAGGGGCGUCCAGGAGGGCACGGGUGGAAGGAGGGCAACUGGGAGGAGAUGAGUGGACGCGCCAUGGCUCCUUCGUCAACAAGCCCACCCGUGGCUGGCUGCACUCUGACGGUGUGGUCAGCACCGCCGGUGUGUCUUACACUGUACGGUACAUGGGCUGCGUGGAAGUGCUACAGUCAAUGCGAGCCCUGGACUUCAACACUAGAACUCAGGUCACCAGGGAGGCAAUAUCUGUGGUGUGCGAGGCGGUACCUGGAGCCAAAGGAGCCCAACGCAGGAGAAAGCCUUCCUCUCGCAGUAUGACGUCCAUCCUGGGAAAGAGUAACCUGCAGUUUGCUGGCAUGACAAUCAGCCUCACCAUCUCGACCAGCAGCCUCAAUCUGCAGGCCCCCGACUGCAAACAGAUAAUCGCCAAUCAUCACAUGCAGUCCAUCUCCUUCGCCUCUGGAGGAGACCCAGAUACGGCUGAGUACGUAGCAUAUGUGGCCAAAGACCCAGUCAACCAGAGAGCAUGUCACAUCCUGGAGUGCUCAGAGGGUUUAGCCCAGGAAGUUAUCAGCACCAUCGGGCAGGCCUUCGAACUGCGCUUCAAGCAGUACCUGAAGAACCCACCCAAACUGGUCACACCUCACGACAGAAUGGCUCCGUUUGACGGCUCUGCGUGGGAGGAGGAAGAUGAUGACGCCGCUCCGCCUGCUGAUGUCCCUUACUAUAAUAAUUUCCCUGGAAAACAGCCUCCCCCUGGUGGACUGGUUGACAUGAGGACCCGCCCAGGGGCAACGCUGCCUUAUGGACAGCCGGGACAGAACGACAUUCACAAGCAGCCUCUGCCGCCUCUACCAGUGGGUGCCAAAGAAGGAGGGAGGGAGCUGUUCGAUGACCCUUCAUACGUCAAUGUGGAUAAACCCCGCCCCCCAGUUGCAGCAAAUGGAAACGCUCACCGAGAUGCUUUUGACAUGAAGCCAUUUGAUGAUGCCCUGGGGGUUUCUGGGCACGGUGGACCGAGCUCAGGGACAACAGCGCCCCCUCUGGUGCAGCAGUUGCAGUGCGAGGCCUGGUUCCACGGAAGCUUAAGUCGCAGGGAAGCGGAGAGGCUGCUGACCCGAGAUGGCGACUUUCUCGUGCGGGAGUCCGGGACCACGCCCGGACAGUACGUCCUCACAGGGCAGCAGGGGGGUCAGCCCAAACACCUGCUACUAGUCGACCCAGAAGGAGUGGUUCGUACUAAAGAUCAUCGGUUUGAAAGUGUGAGUCACCUGAUCAGCUACCACAUGGACAACAGACUCCCCAUCGUAUCAGCUGGUAGCGAAGUGUGUCUGCAACAGCCAGUCGAGCGCAGGGCCUGACGCCGCAGCGACCAAUGAAAUACACCACCAAAUAUACACACACUCCUUCUGCAAUUCAGCAUACAAUCAAAACAUCCACAUUCUAAUAACACACGCAGCGACACUGCAUUUAACACACUCAAACAUACACAUGAGCACACAUCGCAAAGAAAACCAAAAAAGUCCCCAAAAAAAUCACCAUUUUCUCUGCAAAAACACUUACUUGCUGCUGUUGCCACAUGUUCCUAUCCCCUUUGAAAGCCAAACUGUGAUCCGCAGUCCUUCCUCGACCCCCGUCAGGCGCAUCGCUCCACAACGGAGAAGCACUGCUGCAAUUUCUCAUCAGCCUACUGUGAACCAGGGAGAAGCCCUAUGCUUAUUUCAGAAAGGGGCCGAAAACAAAUGCAAUUUUUUUUAUUUAAGAAAAAGAAAACCACAUCGUUCAAAAAUGAAAAACAAAACAAAACAUUUUACUAAUAUUUGAAAUUGUGUACAAAGAAAUUAUGGAACUGAAGAGUGAAGAGACAAGGUGACGUGGAAUAAGCUUGUGUUCUUUCCAUCUGGAGGAAGUGAUCUCCCUCCUCUGACUGUCGCUGGAGCGUGUUUGGCAAAACCCAAACUGGACGGCAACAGUUCUUUGUCAUUGACACUGAACCAGGCUCGAACAGAAACACUCCCUUCAGGUGUCACGUGAGCUUUUUGGCUGCAAACCUGACUUUGACGUCACUCUGCCUGAUGAAUAUGCAUAAACCAGUCGGCUUCCGAUUCAAUCAGGAGGGCCACCCUACACACAACCACUCUCCCGUUAGAGACUUUUGAACUUUGAGGUGGAGCUGAUGAGGAAAGCCUGUAUGCAAAACUGGGACUGCUAUGCCAAUGACCAUCAUAUACCUGUUUCUUUCAUGUGUUUUGUUCUAUCUUGAGAUACUAAUCGGACAUUGGGGGUUUAAGAGGAUCGUAACAGCUGUACUGCCCUAGUCCCUCUGUAAACACACGUACACCUUUACGCCACACGGUCUGCACCACCUGUCACGCCAAAGAACAUGAACUUGAUCGCUAACAGCAGAAGAGGAAGCCAUUCGAAUUAUCAACUGUUAUCUGUCUUGUGUAAUAAUUACAGCUUUGGGAGCUAAUCAGAUGGACGGAAUUGCACAUAAAAUGGGCCUGUGCUGGACGGAAGAGGAAUCAAGGUGCUCGUGCCUGAAUACAUCGUGAGAAGGACUUUGCUGUCACCCACAAACACAAUAACAACCGCGUGUAGAGAAGCACGGACCAGAUCAGUCUGAGCCACUGCUUCUCGUUGACAUCUGAGUAUGUGUUUGCAUUGACAAUCUAUGGGUCAUAUCUUCACAGAGUAAACUGAAAGCUAUGGAGGUGAACCCUUUAAGGGGCGGCCAAUAAGAAAUGUUGAGCAGUCUAAGCAAAGAAUUUUCCUCUGCAAAAAAUGAUGCAAAGUAUGUGAUAGUAAGUGGUUAGGUAAAAAAUGUUUGUGUAUUGUGAUGUUGCUUUACUUUUUAAAUCACUUGAGGGAAUCAUUUUGUAAAAGCUUGUAUCUAAUGAAGUGGUUCUGGGGUAACAGAAGAUAAGGACAUGCAUGUUUUUUCGGAGCGUUGCUAAUGAUGAAAUGUUGAGCCCAACGCUGCUCCUAGUUGUGCUGUUUAAAAACAAAAAACGGGAGGAUCCGAAAGGGAGACGUUCUCCUCUCCUCUUCCUCCUCCCUCAACUCAUGACCUUGUUUUUUAUAUCUUUUUAUAUCGUGCCUUGUUUCUUCGAUGCAGUCACGUCACUUCAAUGCAGUCACCUUAUGUACUUAAUUCAAAUGUAGUCGCCUACAGGAGAAUCUCACACAAGCCUCUCCGUUAAAGCAAAGACGCAAAAAUGACACUCCAGUAAACACACACGAUCCGAUCCAGUGAUGGCAAUCUCCUCUGCUGCAUUCAGCAGAUAUGUAUAGUCACAGAUACUUGAUGUCACCGUAGUGGGGAUACUUCCUGACCACCUGUAAAUAACAUCAGCUUUGAAUUGGUCAGCUUGGUAGUUGUUUUCAUUGUUGUAUAUUUGAAGACCUAUUUGAUAAGUACCACCAGACACCACAGCACCGCGGCAGCUCUCUAAGCCAAUUGAACGCGUCAAAGAGAUUGUGUCCAAACUCCUGCAAUACGAGAAGGGAUCUUUUCAACUUAAACCCGAACUUUUAACUUGUCCUAAAACCCAGAAGUGGUCUCACGUGUAAUCUUACCAUGCACACGCAUACCAGAGGGAAGGCUGAGUCGGUCAGACACACACUUCUACCUGUUGUGGUGUUUGAAGGUUAGAGCUUUAGGUUAUGUGUGUGUGCGUGUGUGUGUGUGGGACCGACCCACCUGACCCUCUGCAUUAUUUGAUGCCAGGUCCUGUGUUAACAUUGUUCAUCACAGUUGCCUUUGUUGCAUGAAAAUCGUGUCAAAUGUUGUUGGUGAUGGUGAUAGUGUUGUUGAUGCUGUUGUACUUUUUAUUUUUUUAUUUGUGUUGAAAGCCAAAGGUUACUUUCAGAUUGCGUGCACAGAUAUUGAUUUUGACUUUAUAUAUAUUUCUGUUUUAAUACUUUUUGUUUUUGUUUUUAGGGAAACAUGUCUGUUUACACCUGUAUCUGAAAAUAUAGAUUGCAUAUAUAAAUACAUAUAUCAUUCAUCUCUC